AUGGAGAAAAGAUUGAAGGUGUGGAUUUACAGGGAAGGAGAGCCUCCCUUGGUCCACGGCGGGCCGUUGAACAACAUCUACGGCAUCGAGGGGCAGUUCAUCGACGAGAUGGAGAGCGGCAAGAGCCGCUUCAUGGCUCGUCAUCCUGAUGAGGCCAACCUGUUCCUCAUACCUAUCAGUGUGGUCAACAUCGUCAACACUCUUUACAAGCCUCUUGUCACUUAUUCCCGUGAUCAGCUACAAAGGGUGGUUUUGGAUUAUAUUGGCAUUAUAUCUGAAAGAUACCCUUACUGGAAUAGAAGCCAAGGUGCUGACCAUUUCUUAGUUUCUUGCCAUGAUUGGGCACCGGACAUUUCAGAAGCGGACCCUAAGCUCUACGACAAGUUCAUAAGAGUUUUAUGCAAUGCCAAUACCUCGGAAGGGUUUAAGCCCCGAAGAGACGUCUCAAUUCCAGAAAUCAACAUACCCUAUGGAAAACUUGGUCCAACCCCACAGAGUACAAGCCCUGAUAAGCGUUCCAUCCUCGCCUUCUUCGCUGGCGGUGCUCACGGCAACAUAAGGCAUAUCUUGCUCGAGCAUUGGAAAGACAAAGACAACGAAGUGCAAGUGCAUGAGUACCUCGACAAGAAGAAAAAUUACUUCAAGUUAAUGGGGAAGAGCAAGUUUUGCUUGUGCCCAAGUGGGUAUGAAGUGGCAAGUGCAAGGGUGGUCACAGCAAUUUCUGUGGGGUGUGUCCCUGUCCUCAUUUCUGACUACUAUGCAUUGCCCUUUAGUGAUGUUCUUGACUGGACCAAAUUCUCCGUGUACAUUCCAUCAGACAAAAUACCAGAAAUCAAGACAAUUUUGAAAGGAAUUUCCCCCAAAAGGUAUUUGAAACUGCAAAAGAGGGUGACAGAGGUGCACAGGCAUUUCAUGAUUCAUCGACCAGCUCAACCUUAUGAUAUGAUCCACAUGUUGCUUCACUCGGUUUGGCUGAGAAGGCUUGAUGUUUUGCUGCCAUCUUGA